UCCCAUAGGUUCUAGAUGUGUAGCUUCUAACUAUCUCUGUCUAUCUACCUAUCUAUCUGUGAUGUGAGUAUUGUCAUUUAAGGAGGACAAGUUUCAGCUGUGGGUUUGUUCACUUGUACAUCAUAGGUGCAAAAAAAAGAAAGAGAGAGGAACAAAAAAAGAAGCUUCCUAACCCCGCCCCUGUAAACAGGUUGUUAAGUCUGAGAGACUAUUCAGUAAGGAAUAUUUUUGUCAAAGGUCGAACACACUGGAAUGGCUGUUAAAAACUUUUGUCACAGUUUGGCUCAGGAUAAAAGUCCACAAACAAUUAAAAGUACAUUUAUUCUGCUGCUUUUCUUGACAUUCUUAGUGUCUGCCAUUGCUUUCGCCUGUGAUUUCUCUUUGGACACACUUUUCCCACAAACAUGGUUUACUAAAAUCAUGAAUCAGACUCAUUAUAAGGUAACUGAUGGCAUUUGGGCCGAUCAUAAUCAAAAAGAUGCAUUAGUACCUUUACCAGGUCAACAAAUCCAAAACAGAGGUACAGCAAUUUAUUAUCACAUAGCUCAUCCAAGCAACUAUAAUUUCAUCCUGGAUGAACCUGAUAAAUGUGAGCAGAGUCCGUUCCUGGUCUUGAUUGUCCCUGUGGCGCCCAAUCAGUUAGCAGCUCGUAACGCCAUCCGGAGCACGUGGGGGAAUGAGAGCACAGUCCAGGGAAAAGCAGUGAUUACUCUGUUCUUGGUGGGUUUGACUGGAGGAUCCGACUCUGAAAAAGUUCAACAGCAGCUGGAGGAAGAGAGCCGACAACACAGAGACUUACUGCAGAGCAACUUUGUGGACUCGUACUUCAACCUGACCAUAAAGACGAUGGUGAUCAUGGACUGGCUGGCCACUCGUUGCCCUCAAGCGACUUUCAGUAUGAAGAUUGAUUCUGACAUGUUCUUAAACCUGGAAAACUUGAUGACCCUCCUAAUGGCACCCGACACACCCAGACAGAACUACAUCACUGGAAUGGUGAUGUGGAACCGGCCUGUCAUCAGAAACCAAAACUCAAAAUGGUACGUGUCAGAGGAACUGUACCCCGAACCGAACUACCCCACGUACCUGCUGGGAAUGGGAUAUGUUUUCUCCAACGACCUGCCAGAAAGAAUAGUUGAGGCUUCCAAGGUCAUAAAGGCCUUUAACAUAGAAGACGCAUAUGUGGGUGCUUGUCUGAAACAGUUGGGCGUUGCACCCUCAUCCCCCCCAAACCCUUCACAGUUUAGAGCCUAUCUGGGACAAUAUAUACGAGAGGAUUUUUUCAAGGUCAUUACGACAAUCCUGGGAUCCCCACAGCAGCUAAUAGACAUCUGGAAGGACAUAAAGAGGCCCACAUAAAAGUACAGAAGCACAAACAAACAAAAAUGAGAAACACAGAUUUCUGUUUACAAAGAAAAGAAACAUGUCUAUUUAACACAACCUGUUAGCGAUACAUUCUGAUGGGCGUUGAACAUUUCACACAGAACACAUUCUUGAAGAGGAACGCAGCAUCUUGAGAUGUGUUUUUAAAGUUGAACUUCUUUUAACGGGAAACAGGGUUUUAAAAACACAAUGCUGAUGCACGAGAUGUAGAUGUCAAAAGUCCACAAAGUUUGUUUACAUAGAAAAACAAUUAAAAAGCAGUGCAAUGCACUAAAAGCAUGUUCUUUCUGAACCGACCUGACGGUUCUGCAAUAUUACAACAUACAUGCACAACCCAACAUAUGUUACAAAUUUGAAGUUAAAAUAUAUAUAGUUAUAUGGAAUUAAUAUAUGUAUAAAGUUGAACCGUGUUCACAAGGUAUGGGUAUUUUUCAUAAAUGUCUGUUGGGGAAGGUUGCUAACUGGUGUCAUAUAUAUUUUGUAAUUUUAUACAAUUCAUUAUUUUAAAUUUCUGUUAGCCAGAAGAAGGUUUUAUAUUUAUUUACAUUACAUUUCUCAUUUUUUCUGUUUUGUGGAUUUCAUAAUUGAUUUAUUCUUUAAAUGUUUUUGGAAAAAUCAGAAGAGGGAGAAAUCACAUUUUCCUAGAAGGUUUAAUGUUCUAUGAAAACAUAAUGUCAUUUAAAAUCACCUCACCGUCUAAAAAGAGCAUUUAGUACUCACUGAUCAUGUAAAAAGUUUUUUUUUAUUAUUAUUUAUUUAAUAAUUUUUUAAUUAAAUUGAGGUGUUUAACCUGUGUAAUCAUUACUGUAAAAUUCAUUUUUAUUUAACUUCAUAUUCUUAAACAGUGAUCUUGGUCUUGCAUUUGUUGUGAUUUUAAACACUUAAAAAAGAGAACAAGCACAUAUGGGAAGUGCACAAAAGCCACUGAUAUGAUUCGACUAAUUGCUUGUGAUAUUGCUAAUUUGUAAGUGGUUUCAGAUAAAACUAUCUACUCAGUGAAUAGGCCUACAUGGAAAUGAAAUUUCAUGAUGCACUAUUUCCAUUAGCAUACUGUAUAUUAUGCGAAUUAGGAUACAAGGUAUCAGCUGCUAAAAUUCAAGCCAAAGCAAUUUUGCUAUUGCCUUUUGGAAUUUUUGCAGAAAGUAAGCUCUGUUGCCAACAAAAGUUUGUGAUUCUUACACACUGUGUUUAUCAAGGGAAUCUUCACAAAUGAA